GAGCUGGUGCCCGCGGGCAGGCUGUCAGCGCCGGUCGCUCCACGGUAUCGGAGCGGCUUCGGUCCGCAUGGUGUGCCAGGUCACGCAGUGCUGAUCAGCUGCCGGACACGUGCCGCAGCAGCGGAACGCCACCGCAGCUGGUCAUGGGUGUGAUAACCGUCGAGCAUAACAUGAAGCUCAAGGACAAGCGUUUCGUGACACCACAUGAGCUGAUGCUCUACAAGCCCAUCAGCUCAGAAACCAAGAAUUACAAGCGCUUCAUGAGCAGCGGGCAGGUGCAGGUACUCUCGCACCAACAGCAGCAGCUCCAGCAGCAGCAGCAGCAGCAGCAACAGCAGCAGUACUUGGUCUCUCAGCAACAGCAGCGGCGGCAACAUCAGCAGCAGCAGCAGCAACAACAACAGCAGCAGCAACAGCAGCAGCAGCAACAGCAGCAUGCGGCACACCUACCACCCGGUCUGAUCAGCGCCGACUUUAGCCUGCCCUACAUUCCGAAUGGCCAGGAGCAUUACUACAUGGCAGGGCCGACGCUGUACCAACCGGGAUCCAGUGUGUACGGCAUGCCGCUGAUGUACGCCCAGCCGGCGGCCGACGGCCAGGCGCCGCCGACGCCGACGGCCGUGGAUCCGGCCGUCGCCUCGCUGUCUGGUUUCCUGGUGCCGCCGCUGUACGACACCGGUCAGGUGGCGCUGGGCCGGAUGAACGGCGGGUCGGGGUCGCUGCUGGUCUCGCCGACGGCGCCGGCGGCCGGCCCGCGGGCGUCCGCCCUGUUCGGCGGCGGCUUCCCGGCGCGCCGCGGCCCCGACCGCGCCAUCAGCCGCAGCCGCCUGCUCGAGGACUUCCGCAACAACCGGCUCCCCAACCUGCAGCUGCGUGACCUCGUUGGCCACUUCAAGGAGUUCUCGCAGGACCAGCACGGCUCGCGCUUCAUCCAACAGAAGCUGGAGCGGGCAGACGUAACCGACAAGCAGCUGCUUUUCACCGAAAUAUCGAGUUCCGCCUACGGGCUGAUGACGGACGUGUUCGGAAACUACGUCAUCCAGAAGCUGCUGGAGUUCGGCACGGCCGAACAGCGCAGCGCGCUGGUGGAGCGCAUCGGUGGUCACGUGGUGUCCCUGGCCACUCAGAUGUACGGCUGUCGCGUCAUCCAGAAGGCGCUCGAGUCUGUUUCGCCGGCCGAGCAGGAGGCGCUGGUACGUGAGCUCGACAACCACGUCAUCAGGUGCGUCAAGGACCAGAACGGCAAUCACGUGGUGCAGAAGUGCAUUGAGGUGAUCGAGCCGUCCGUACUGCAGUUCAUCGUGGACGCCUUCUGCGGUCAGCUGUUUGCACUCUCCACGCAUCCAUACGGCUGCCGCGUCAUUCAGCGCGUGCUGGAGCACUGCCAGCCGGAGCAGACGCGCCCGCUGCUGGACGAAAUGCACCAGCACACGGACCAGCUGCUGCAGGACCAGUACGGCAACUACGUCGUGCAGCAUGUGGUGCAGCACGGCCCGGCCGACGACCGCUCCAGCGUCAUCGGAUGCGUGCGCGGACGCAUCAUCACCCUCUCACAGCACAAGUUCGCCAGCAACGUGAUCGAGAAGUGCGUCAAGUUCGGCAGCGCGCGGGAAAGGACCGAGCUCAUCGACGAGGUCUGCGCUUUCAAUGACAGUAACAUGCUGUCGCUGCUGAAGGACCAGUUCGGCAACUACGUCAUCCAGAAGAUGCUGGACGUGGCUGAUCCCAUCCAGCGCGCCGUGCUCUUGCAGAAGCUGCGCCCUCACCUGGGCAACCUCAGACGCUACACGUUCGGAAAGCACAUUUUGAGCAAGUUGGAAAAGUACCUUAAUGUCCGGCGGUCGCCGUCUGACCCGGACCGAGGUGCCGGAGGACCACCGCCGCCACCGCCACCGCCGGCAGCGGAAGGUGUCCCCGGCCCGGCCCAGUAGCGGCCACACGGCCACAGGACGGCGGCAUGGACCGUCGCGCAGAGGCCCGAAGGAGAUCUGGGUCGGCGCUGGGCAAACUGUCGCCGGCCACAGCAUGCCAGCAGUGCCUUAUGCUGAGCCAGAGCUUCCGUAACGGCGCGUGACACGACUUACAUCCCAGCAAUACUGAUUCGACGGGCGUGGGCGAUCAGCAGGGAGUCGGAGUCUGGCUGGGCUGAGUCGGGUGAAAUCGCUGCACCCGUGCACGUAAGCCGUGCCUCAUCGAGUGACGUGCCGCACCGGCGGCGUCCCAGGGACGGUCGCGUGUCUGCCGCUCCAGGGCCGCGGCCGCCUCCAAGACCGACUCGUGCCAUGAUGUCAUAGGGCGACAGCCUCGCCCGCAAGACCUCUGGCCUUACGUUAGGCGCCACCGAGCCGCACCGGGACGGCGUGCCAAGGCACAGAGAGAGGGAAGGAGGUCGCAAUCUGCACUUCAUCGGGAGCACAGCUCCAUUAGAAGUUCGCCCUGACGGCUCAAGAAGGCUAAUCACCUCCAAAAGGUGACAAAUGCGACGUUUCGGCGAUGUGGACAUAGGCCAGUUGCUGCCAUCCCCUCCUCAGCAUCAUCCCCACUCUGGGUAUCUUGGGCAGGCCCUUGACUCAACAGAGUAUAAGCGCUUCGGGCGAGCGAUGACGAUUUCGAGGUUUCUGGGCUUAGACUGCACUCGUGGUAAGUCGGUGCGACGGCUGAAGAACGCUGCAAUGAUAGUCACGCCUGGGAACUUUUAUCAAAGUCAGAGAUUACUUUUCGAUACCCGAUUGGUUUUUCAAAGUAAUACAAAACUCCUAAAAAUAAGAAGCAUUCUCGGCAGAUACUGGUGGCAGCAAACAGGGCUGCAUGACUGCGCCUCUCAGGCAUAUACAGUCCACGACCUGAGAGGAAGACUGCUCUGUGGCUGCGCCUCUCAGGCACAUACAGGCCACGACCUGAGAGGAAGACUGCUCCGUGUCUGCGCCUCCCAGGCAUAUACAGGCCAAAAGCUGAGAGGUAGGCUUCUGUGACUGCGCCUCUCAGGCAUAUACAGGCCAAGAGCUGAGAGGAAGACUGCUCUGUGACUACGCCUCUCAGGCAUAUACAAGCCACGAGUUGAGGUGUGGGCUGCUGUGACUGCGCCUCUCAGGCAUAUACAAGCCACGAGCUGAGAGGAAGACUGCUCUGUGACUACGCCUCUCAGGCAUAUACAAGCCACGAGCUGUGGUGUAGGCUGCUGUGACUGCGCCUCUCAGGCAUAUACAAGCCACGAGCUGAGAGGAAGACUGCUCUGUGACUACGCCUCUCAGGCAUAUACAAGUCACGAGCUGAGGUGUAGGCUGCUGUGACUGCGCCUCUCAGGCAUAUACAAGCCACGAACUGAGAGGAAGACUGCUCUGUGACUACGCUUCUCAGGCAUAUACAAGCCACGAGCUGAGGUGUAGGCUGCUGAGACUGCGCCUCUCAGGUAUAUACAGGUCACGAGCUGAGAGGAAAAGUGCUCUGUGGCUGCGCCUGUCAGGCAUAUACAGGCCACGAGCUGAGAGGUAGGCCUCCCUGUGGCUGCGCCUCUCAGGCAUAUACAAGCCACGAGCUGAGGUGUAGGCUGCUGUGACUGCGCCUUUCAGGCAUAUACAGGCCACAAGCUGAGGUGAAGGCAGCUCUGCCGAUGGCCUGGGUUCACACCGUCAAUGAGGCGUGUAUUGCGCACGGAUCCACAUCGGGAUGUGGGAGAGCGCCCGAGCAUGAGUCCUAACCAGGACAGCCAUGAGGCCACUCCAUAGCCUGGUUCGAUGGCACCAUGCUCCGCGCGAAACAGGGCGUUGUACGCAGCAUGUACAGAUGGAUGAGAAAAAGAGGACAGAGGUGAUGUAGCGUCAAUCGUCAGCAGAUCAUCAAGCCGUACGUGGCUCAAGCUCCAUAAGCCGAAAUCAACAGUUCUCAGGCUCCUAUGCAUCCUUCUCACGAACGAUGCAAAUGGAAUAUGGCAGACAUAAGCAGGACUCGUGCGCGCGGGUGCACUGGGUCAACUUGACCAGGUGUUUCUAACUGGAAAAGCCAAUUUUUUUCUGGAACAGUUUCCGAAAAAUCAGUUAUAUCUGGAAAUCAUGCCCGUGUACGCCAGAUAGGAACAACUCGACAAUUAUAUUUGUCUUUACCUUAACCGUCACAUGGCCAACGGAACAGCAAGAUGUGAAUGAUGUUAUUAUGACGCCAUGAAUGCCUCGAUGGCCUUGAGAUAGUCUCCCCGAAAUACUCCGCACGUCUUCACGGGCGUAAAGCUUAGAAACCAGAAUAAGACUGAAGUCCGGACUGAAGCCAGCGACUGAAGUCAGGAGUCCCACCAGUGCAGGAGUGAUUUCGACCUCUUCCGUUUGCUCUGGGGAGGAGGUACGAGCUCACCUGGAGGAACUUUGGCAGGCUGGCAUCAUUGAGCCUCCUGGACCUCAACCAUCGUGGUGUCCCGAAGACGCAACGGCAACCUGCGCCUCGGUGUGGAUCUCCGUGAGGCCAACAAGGCGGUAGAGGCGAGCGGCCAUCCCUACCAGACCUGCAGGACAUCCUGGAGCAGCUUCAGGGGGCGACCAUGUUCUCAAGCCUGGACAUGAAGUCGGCCUACCGUCCGCUUGGCCUUCACCCAGACUCCAGGGUACAGUGCCCACGCGACCUCGUAGGCAUUUCUUUGCCACAAGCGGCAUGGAACACAGCCGGGGUGGACUACAGCGACCCUAUGGAGGCACCCAGGAACCAGCGGUUCGCGGUAGUCCUAGAAGACUACUGCUCCAAGUGGAUCGAGGUAGAGUGUUGCGCAGAACCGAGCUCAGAAGCCACUAUCCAGUUCCUGAAGGUGAUUACUUCGCGAGGAGGCUACCCGAGAAAGUUGGUCUCCCACAACGGGACGCGCUUCACGUCCGGAGCCUUCACCGAGUACCUGUGGAAUAAGGGGACUCGUCAGAUCCGCGUGACUCCAAACCACCCGGCGGGGUCGGGCGCGGUGGAGCGGGCCAACCGCGCCGGGAAGUCAGCACUGCAGGCGGUGGACCAGAGUGGCAAGGACUGCAUCCGGUACUUGCAGAAGUCCCUACAGCAGUACCGAAGCACGCCGCACGCCACCGGAGGCAGCCCUUGCACGGCAGACGGCUGAGGACCAAGCUACACGCGGCAGCCGCUGAGUCGCCUCACAGCGAAACGAAGAUGCGGCAAGUAGUGCGAAGGCGCGGGCGGAGCCGGCAGGAGUAUCAGCGGAAGUACUCUGACCGCACGAGGAGCGCCGGGCUACCCUCGCACGACGCCCUGCUGGAUGGAGACAGCAGACAGCUACUCCAGUGGCUGAGGGGCGGUCGGCUGCAGGGGCGACCGCGGGGACGGAGCUGGUAAUACCGGGAGGCGCUGGCAGUGAGCUGGACCAGGUGCGCGACGGUGCCGGCAAUACGCAUGGCCCUGCUCUCGGUUGUUCAGGACGGGGCGUGCGUGCUCCAGAGAGGCACGUAUUUGCGGGGAGGCAUGUAGUAAUCAUGAGUUUAGAAGCUUGUUCUCGUAGAUGUUGCUCGACCGCCUGGCGGAAAUUCAGAGAACCUGUGUUUGGUUACGCCACCACUGCUGAGUCGGGGUGUUGGCGGCGGCAAUCACGCGGCACGGUUGGUGGUGUGGCGCGGCUGGGAGCUGUGAACCCGAACUUCUGGUGUUGAGAUCAUUGCAAAUAACUGUUUUAUUUCAUUUUUGAAGUAAUGAACCGAUGUUAGCGGAGGGAACAUUACAGUUUAGGUCUGAAGAAUAGCAGGGCUAUGAAAU